AUGAAAACUCCCCCUCACAAAGCUCAGAUCCACCCAAACUCUCUGGCUUUAACAUACUCCUGGGGUGGGAGGAGGGGGAGAAACUUUGCUGUACAUUUCAGCUGCUCUCUCUCUCUCUCUCUCUGUACAAAGUCAGACUCCCCUUUCCGAUGCAGGGCAGAGUCCAAGGAGUAAGGGUGAACUUCAGAAAUCCCUGGCUGCUGUCUGCCAUGCCUGUCCUUGGUUUGUUGCUGUUGUUGGUGAAUCCUGCUGUCGCUCUGUCUUCCACAGGGUAUUUCUGGCACAUCACCGAUGUGCACUGGGAUCCUGAUUACAGUGUCACUGACAACCCAUCGGCUGUGUGCCCGUCUUCAUCAGAGCCCGUGAACAACCCGGGGAAUUGGGGGGAUUAUCUUUGUGACUCUCCCUGGACUCUGAUCAAUUCAUCGAUCUACGCCAUGAAGGCUAUCCUCCCGCUUCCUAACUUCAUCAUUUGGACAGGAGAUGACACUCCGCACAUCCCUAAUGAACAACUCAGUGAGGAAGCAGUGCUGAGGAUAAUUGGGAAUGUCUCACAGCUCAUACAGCAAGUCUUCCCAGACACCAAGGUUUAUGCGGCAAUGGGGAACCAUGAUAUUCAUCCAAAGAGCCAGUUUCCUGCGAAUGGCCAUGUGCUCUACAAUCAAACUGCAGAGCUGUGGGCCCAGUGGUUGGAAGCAGCAUCAGUCGCCACUUUCCAGAAAGGUGCUUUCUACACAGAGAAGCUGCUCCAUCAGGAAGGACAGCGAAUGAUCGUCCUGAACACAAACUUCUACUACAACAAGAAUGCACUGACGGUGGAGCUCAGUGACCCUGCUGGCCAGCUCCAGUGGUUUGACGAAACCCUUUCAAGAGCCUCUACAGCAGGAGAGAAAGUUUACAUCAUCGGGCAUGUACCUCCUGGAGUCUUUGAGAAGAAAAGGGGAACACACUGGUUCCAGGAAAAAUUCAACAAAAGGUAUAUCGAAAUCAUCCAAAAACACAGCCAAGUGAUAGCAGGACAGUUUUUUGGACAUCAGCACCGUGACAGCUUUAAAAUUUUCUACUCCAAUGACGGUUCUCCCGUCAGUGCCAUGUUUAUUGCUCCGGCAGUAACCCCUUGGAAAACCACAUUAGCCGGCUUACAGAAGGGAUCACAAAAUCCCGGGAUUCGUCUCUUUCAAUAUGAUAUAGACACUCUGCAGAUCUUGGAUAUGGUGAGUUAUUAUUUGAAUUUAACUUUAGCCAAUACCCAGGCUCCACUUUGGGAAGAAGAAUACCGUUUAACAAAAGCCUUCCAAGUCCACGAUGGAACAGCUGGAUCCAUGCAAGCUGUGCUGGAUAAAUUGAGCCAGGACAAAGAUUAUUUGCAGAAAUACUACAAAUACAAUUCAGUUAGUUACGACUUGGAUCAUUGUGAUGAUUGGUGCCGGACUGAUCACAUUUGCGCAAUUAGAGAGGUCGAUUAUGCAAGGUACAAAGAUUGUAUCAAAUCUGAAGGAUCAUCCACAAUUAAUGAAAUGCAUUUGCUGUUAUGCCUUUUUGUGCUGUUGUGCAGCAUGUACUUUCCUUGCAACUUCACUGAAAUGGAAUCUUACCUCCUAGCAUGCAAAUUACUUCUUUUGAUUUUACUGUUAAUUUAAUGGCAAUAGUCACAUGGAGCUUUAACACAGGAUAGACUUUUUGGGUCAAAAGUCUUCUUUAGAUUAGAUUCCCUACAGUGUGAAAACAGGCCCUUCGGCCCAACAAGUCCACACCGACCCUCCAAAGAGCAACCCACACAGACCCACUUCCCUCUGACUAAUGCACCUAACCCUAUGGGUAAUGGGUCAAAUUCUGUGCUCUCAUACAAGUUCCCCAUACGCAGUGCAUUAAGGCACCACCAACUUUAAUAUUCAGAGAUUGUUUCAGCCUCAACUCUUGAACCGAUGGAUGUUUUGUCCACCUCAAACAUUGAGUGAAAACUGAAGACUGUCUUCUCAAAAGAUGUAACUGCAGGAUUCCAUAUAUAAGCAAUGAGCUUCAUUUUCACACCGAGAACUCAAGUUGUUUUCCAUUUAUAGAUCUACACAUAGAUUCAGCCACUGCUCUUGAUAAUAUAAAAUGUACCUGCAAAUGUUCAAAUAUUUCUCUCGGGGGAGCUGUUGACUCAGUAGUGUACAUCAGCUAUUUUAGUCCAGGCUAAGCCAAAUGGCAGCUGUCACUUUGUCAAAUAUUUCGGGACUAGGGCUCAAUUUCCUUGAUGAUUUGAACUAGAAUUAAAGCCUUUUUUUUGCAAAAAACCACAAUUCCAGUUGGCAUCUUCCUUGAAGAACAUUCUCAUUUGCUGAAGGUGGUGAACUCCACUCCACCCAAAUCCAAUGAAUAAUCAAGUGAUGGAGAGCCAUUAAAAAACUCCAAUCUUAUGCAGAACGCAUCUGUUAAGAUUCUCAGAAGAUACGGGUUGGCCACAACAGACCCAGCGCUAUAUUAUGAGCACUACCAGGUUAAAACCACUUCCAUCCAGCAAUAUAACCAUUGCUUCAGGCUGAAGUGAAACCCCAACAUCAGAGUUUGUCAAUUGAAUUCAAUAAAUAGUACGUAUCCUUCGUAAGCCAAGAUCAGUAUUGAUGACCAUGAACCAAUAGCAUUGUAAUAUCCUGUCAUGUUCACAAAAUACUUUCAGGGAAGGAAAUUCUCCAUCCACAUUCAGUCUGUGUGCAAUCUCAGACUCAUGUUGCUGCUUCACAGAUGUCCUGUGAAGUAUCUAGUGAGCUACCAAGGCUGUAUGGUGGUGGUUGGGGGGGUGCAGGGGAGAGAGGAAAUUAGGAAUGACCCCGACAGUGAUGUCUAUACUCCAAAAACUGCUCAAUAUUGUUAACCCCCUUUUUGUUCCAAGGUGCUGAGGAAUUAAAGCAAUUCCAGUUCCAGUCCCAGUGCUAGCACCGGUCACACAUUGAUGGUUAAUGCUAAAAUUUAUGGUCAAUUGUAUGUAUGUUAUACAGGCUUAAGGAUAUACCAUGACGACUGCUCUGAAUUGUAAAUAAAAAACGUGACAAGUGACUUCCUUGUCUGAGGCUUGGGUUAAAUUUCAGCUCAAUCAUGGCAAUCAUGUAGAAAUCAAGAAAAAAUAUUCCACCAGCAUGACAA